AUGACUGAAUUUAGACGACGUAAUUGCUUAUCUGCUUGGUUAGGUAUGUGGUUAGACCUACGAAUAUGUGCUGGAAUACUAGCCAUACUGUCAACGACGAUAGCUCAAGACAGGGAAGCAGAACGCCAACAGCGAGAGCGGAAAGUGGUGGCGCUCAACAGUGAAGCAGAAAGUGGGACAGCAGAAAAAGCCACAAAGACCACCAUUGCUGAUUUGUCAAUUUCUCAUGAUGAUAUUGAACACUAUGACGAUGAACCUGCUCCUCCAACACCUCAACCCCUCACACCCGGAGACGAGUACAUGCCAGAAAAACCAUCUCCUCAAAGCGAUGAACACUUAGAGGCUAUUUACCAACAAGCCCUGAAGUUCCUGGAGCGUGGCCGCGGUCAUGGCAUAGAGGGUAGAAAAGCAGCUUAUCGACUGCUUGACCAAGCCGCUCAAUCUGGGCACACAGAUGCGAUGAAACUAAUGGGGUUUGCCCACCUGUUUGGAGAUCGAGCCCGUUGGUCCAUUGAUGAGGCGAAAAAGAUUUUUGAGGAACUCGCCGAUAGUGGAUCACCGGACGCUCAGCUUGGUCUUGCAUUUAUGCAUGCUACCGGCUUAGGUGUAUCAAAGUCAAGCCAAGCGAAAGCACUUGUAUACUACAUGUUCUCGGCACUCGGCGGAAAUCCUCUUGCGCAAAUGGCAAUGGGUUAUCGCUACUAUGCUGGAAUAGCUGUCCCUCAAAAUUGCGAGAGCGCCUUAUCUUACUAUGAAAAGGCUGCUGAAAGAGUAGCUGAAGGUUUUAGAUUUUCAACUGGACUCGCUAUACAGAGGAUCAGAUUGACUGAUGAAAUGGAGCCUUCGUCAACAAAUACGGUUACUACACCUAUGGAUCAAAACCUUAUAGAAUACUAUCGUUUUCUUGCUGAGAAAGGCGACGUCUCCGCACAGGUUGGGCUAGGACAGUUGUAUCUCACUGGUGGACGAGGUGUCGAGCAAAACUUUGAGCUAGCAAACAAGUACUUCUCAUCUGCUGCUGAAGCGGGACAUGCCGGUGCGUUCGCAUUUCUAGGCAAAAUGUACCUCGAUGGAACCCAUAUAACUCCGCAAGACAAUACCACCGCUUUUAAUUUUUUCCUUCGCAGCGCAGACAAAGGAAACCAGAAUGGUCAGGCUGGACUCGGCGUAAUGUAUAUGCAAGGGCGCGGUGUUCGUAGAGAUUAUGAAAAGGCCUAUCGUCUAUUUUCACUCGCAGCUGAACAAGGCUGGGUUGAUGCGCAAUUGUAUCUUGGAGAAAUGUUCUUUAAAGGUCUCGGUGUGAAAAGGGACUACAAAGCUGCUUUGAAGUACUAUCAGAUGGCAACACAAAAUGGACAUGUGUUGGCUUCGUACAAUCUUGCGCGAAUGCAUUCUUUGGGAAUCGGGGUGCUGAGAUCCUGCAAUACCGCAGUCGAAUUUUACAAAAACGUGGCCGAGCGAGGUCGAUGGAGCGAGAAACUGAUGGAAGCUUAUACAGCUUACAAAGAAGGACGACGAGAUGAAGCUGCUAUAAAGUACUUGUUCUUAGCUGAACUUGGAUACGAGCCUGCACAGACUAACAUAGCCUAUAUUCUCGAUAGAGGCGAAGCUGAUUCUCUUUUCCCAUCUUCCAAAGAAAAUGUACUUGAGAGAGCCAUAGUUCAAUGGCAACGUGCAGCCAACCAAGAAUAUCCUCUGGCCAGAAUUAAGCUAGGGGACUAUCACUAUUAUGGAUGGGGCACUCCUGCUGAUUAUGAACAGGCUGCACAGCAUUACAAAUUGGCAGUGGAACGUCAUGCUACUGCGCAAGCAAUGUUUAAUUUGGGUCUUAUGCAUGAACAGGGCCUUGGGAUUACUCGGGACCUUCAUCUGGCUAAACGUUUCUAUGACAUGGCUGCUGAGCAAAGUUCUGAUGCAGCCGUUCCUGUUGCUCUGGCUCUUGCAAAAUUGGCUGUUUUAUUCUUGUUAGAGAAGAUCAACAAGAACCCUGUUGUUCAACUUCUGGAGCAGUACCUUGGCCCGAAUUGGGAUGUGAUGGCCAUGACGAUUUUCGCCGGUGUACCGUUGAUUCUUAUUGCAAGGUGGAGGCGCGGCCAUCCACUAUUUUAA